AUGUCAAGACUGGGCUCCCGAGUAUUGCCUGACUCGGUGGUCCGUGGCCUACUGAGUAGUGGUGAAGAGACUGCUGCCGAAGGACGUGCCUUGCGACUGGGGAGUGGUGAUCCCACUUCCAUGCUGUAUGACCAUCCACAAGAAGCAGAAAGAGAUCGCCAAAGUUAUGAUAGCCAUACCGAUAACCGUUUGUCCCUGACUGAGUCCAUAUCCAGACUCGCCAACAACAAUCUCGACACCACCACUCACGCACCUCCUCCCUUCUCCGUCACCCCAGAUUUCCACUCACCUAGCCAAUCGGUCUCCCCAUCCGGAUCCGCCACUCCUCGCAUGGAAAUGGAUGCAUCAACUCGAAUUUCCUCUCCCAUAAUAUCUUCUAUCCGAUUUCGAAAUCGCUUUAGCAGAGUUAGAGACUCGAUCUCGUUUCCUUCCCGAAUCUCUAGUCUUUUUGCCCGUUCUUCUGAUCAACUACAGUCCACUCAAGGUUCUCGAGAAUCCGUGGCCCGGCCGCGUGUUACCUUUGCUGACGAGUCCGAUCGUCUUCUUCCUUCAUUACAUCCCACCGAUCCUCGUCAUGACAACGAAGAUGCUCCACAUGAACUGGAUGCAGUCGAACCAGAAGCCAGGACAUUACUCUCGGGACCCAGGGUCACCUCGGGCAUGAGUACUAUUCGACGCUUCCAACCAGGAUUGCGAUCCCGUUCAACUCGCCUGAUUCGUCGUGGUGAGCAUCCGCCCUUGUCACAGGUAUUACAACUGGCGGCCGCCGCAAUAGCUGCUCAAUUGUCAGGACAUGCCAGUGGUGGCCAUACUGGCGGGCGUCAUUUGGGUGAAACAUUUGACGGUAGCAUACAGAACUUUGUACAGACACUUCAAGACGCGGCAACUGCACAAGCCGGAGAAGCCAUCGACAUGAAUUCGAAUGAUGGUGAUAUGCCUCCGGUCAACUUUAUGAGAGUCUUUCAGUUCCCCAAUGACGAGAAUGGGUCCCCAAUCGCAUCACAGGCCCAAUCCCGCGAUGCGAAUCAGAUGGAUUUGGACUCAAUUGCGGGCCCAGAAACCGACCGAUCUGUGACCCUGGUCUUGGUGGGAGUCCGAUCACUACCACACGGGCAGGAUAAUAACAAUGGUGAAAAUGGCACACUAGGCCCCAGUCUAGACACCCUGUUGAGCCUUCCUUUUCUCCCGCCCGCCAAUGUGAUGCGAAACGGAAGUUCGGGAGCUUUGUUUCGCCGCUCGGACGCGAGUACUCGAGUACGACCUAGCCACCGACGACAUUCCAUGACCAACUUUAGCUUCCCUGCUCAGUACGAAAGCCAGCGGCAUCAACGGACACGAGCAUCUGGUUCUCGAGCCUCCAAUUCCCUCGAUCCCACUUACCCUGCAACGCCCGACACCAACAGCGUUCCCACUCUUUUAUCGGAGAGUCCACCAGGUCCAAAUCCCCCACCAUCCACUCCAGCAGAUCUAAGAAGUGGCCAAGUUUCACCCAUAAGAAGACCUUCCUCUGCCUCAGCCGUGCAAUCACCUAAUCUCCCUGAUCUGGAAGAAGAUCGUACUCAAGUUCCACUGGAAACUCCACCCUCCGAAUCAUCAUUUAAUAUUGCUCGACAAAGAAGACGCAGUGACUCGGAAUUUGCUCGUCGGCCGGAGCUUGGAUCAGGAGCUGCCAGACGGAACGGAAUGGUGGAACCUGACCCGCCUCCACCUGGGGUAGGCAGAAGCUGGUUGAUCUAUGUUGUCGGUACCAACGUCUCACCUGAUCAUCCAGCGUUCACUAUGCCCAGCCUCUUUACCGAUCAUCCAUCAUACGAAGACAUGCAGAUGCUGUCCGCUCUUCUAGGUCCAGUCAAGCCUCCUGUUGCAACGCAGGACGAUGUAGGAGCGUCUGGAGGGCUCUUCCGCCUAAUCCUUCAAGAGGGAAACCUUGUUGGGGACUCGAUGGCAACAGACGAUGGCCUACCUUUGAUCAUCAAUAGUGGUGAGCGAUGUUUGAUAUGCUUGUCAGAUUAUGUCUCUUCGGAAGAAGUGCGUCGUCUUUCCAAAUGCCAACAUCGCUAUCACCGAGAGUGUAUUGAUGAGUGGCUUACUACCGGCCGAAACAGUUGUCCGAUGUGCCGAGGACAAGGUGUAGGAGAGACAGGAAAUGAAUCAGGAGCGAGUUCAGGAACACCGCCUCCUACAACGAUUUGA